GCGUAACGCUCCAUUUCUCUGAGGUUUCUUAAUACAGCAGAGCUAAUGGAAGAAAGUAAAUAAUAACAUUUAUUAACUGGAGAUGGGACAUUGUAGCUCAAAUAUUUGAUAUGAGAUGAAAGAGGAAAGGGAAAAUGGAAAUUGUUUUAGAAAAAAAGGAUGGAAGAUGAGAGGAGGAGGAAGGAAGAACAAAAUAUGUCUUUAAGAUGAAGAAACCCACUUUAUUUUGUUAUAAAACAGCAGAAUACAGCUGCCACUGUAAGAAAUCACACUUUUACAAAUGAUGAAAAGAAGAAAGUUUCACAGUGUGAAUCCUCUCUCUCACUAACAUCGCUGUGUUGUCACUGAGCUGCUGAACGAUGACUUCACAGAAAAAUUAAGCGCAUUGGAAUUUUUAUCUCGAAUGUUGGUUCCUGUUUGAAUCUCUGAUGCUCGAUAUAAGAAGGACCUGAACUGUGAGCUGGAGCUGUGUCUGAAGCUCUUGACUCGCAGGAUGAACUUCCUCCGAACUCUGUUUCUCUUGGCCGCCGGCCUCUCUGUGGCUUGCUGUGGUCCAAGGGCACGAAUCCAAAGGAGGGCGCUCAACCAGUUCAGGGGAGAAAUCCAGUGCCUGAUGUCCGACAGCUCGCCGGUUCUGGACUACUAUGACUACGGCUGCUACUGUGGAUAUGGCGGCUCUGGCAAGCCUGUGGACGAGCUGGACAGGUGCUGCGAGGUGCACGACAACUGUUACGGUGACGCCAUGCAGCACGACGCAUGCUGGCCCAUCAUCGACAACCCUUACACCGAGUUCUACAACUACAGAUGUGCCAAACAAAGCAAGAUGAUCACCUGUGGCGACAACAACAGCGAAUGUGAGCAGUUCAUCUGCGAGUGUGACAGGAAGGCCGCUGAGUGUUUCGCCAGAUCGCCUUAUAACCCCGAGAACAAGCACCUGCCCAGUGAGCGAUGUCAGUAGAAGACCUCUGUAGUUAAUCCAACACAGGAUCCACUCCCUCACACGACACACCCAUCACUGAGCUCUCAGGAGCGGCAGCAGCUUGUUUCGUCCGCUCAUUGAAAUACUCACACUGACUUUGUACUGUCACAUUCUCAAGGUCAUGGUUUUCUUUUCUCCUUCUUUCUCUGCACUGCAUCUCUAUUGUUAGCUGUGGAUCUGUGUCCUGACCAGAAACACCAGUAGAUCUGCAUCUCUCAUUAACUGAUGCUCGGUCAUUCACAGGUAUAAUCCUAACUCAAGUUUCCAAUAGGGGGGCGCUCUCAUCUAGCUCUUUCUUCCCUUGCUGGUAAAAAUGAGUUUACAGACUGUAGACUUUAAUAUUGGCUAUUUAUCAAAUUAUAAAAAUGCUUGCAGUACUCAAUAAAGAAGAUAAAAAAAAUGAUCA